UGCAACUUCACAGCUCUCGACCUGCUAGAGAAUUACAGUGUCCAAGUUAUCAUAGGCCCUCAAACAUCUUCACAAGCAGCAUUUGUAUCGGAUCUCGGGAAUAAAACUCAGGUCCCUGUCAUCUCCUUCACAGCAACAAGCCCAUCUCUUUACUCUGGCAGUCUUCCAUAUUUUGUUCGUGCAACAUUGAGUGACUCUACACAAGUGAAUAGCAUUGCCUCCCUAAUUAAGGCCUACGGGUGGAGACAGGUGGUGCCAAUUUAUGAAGAAACUGACUAUGGUAGAGGUGUCAUACCAUAUCUCAUCGACGCCCUCCAAGAAAUUGAUGCCCGUGUUCCCUAUCGGAGUGUGAUCCCUCUGUCAGCAACUACUGAACAAAUUACCCAAGAACUCUAUAAGUUAAUGACAAUGCAAACAAGGGUCUUCGUGGUGCAUAUGUCACCUGAUUUGGCGUCGAUCCUCUUCACAAAGGCAAAAGAGGUUGGUAUGAUGAAGAAAGGAUUCGUAUGGAUCAUGACAGAUGGACUAACCAAUGUCAUAGACUCCAUGGACCCUUCUGUCAUGGAUGCAAUGAAUGGUGUUUUAGGUGUAAAAUUUUAUACUCCUAAAUCAGCAGAACUGGAUAACUUCACCAUACGCUGGAACAGGAGAUUACAGAUUGAUAACCCAAAUGAUCCACCACUGAAACCAACCAUAUUUGAACUCUGGGGCUAUGAUACUAUAUGGGCGGUAGCACAAGCAGUUGAAAACCUUGGUAUUAAGAACAAAACAUCAUUUCAAAAACCAGCAGUUGCAAGAAAUAUGACAAGCUUGGGAACUUCUGUUUAUGGACCGGAUCUCCUAAAGACCAUCUUGCAAUACAAAUUUAGAGGUUUGAGUGGUCAUUUUGACCUUUCUGGCAGGCAGCUGCAAGCCUCUACAUUUCAGAUCAUAAAUGUAGUUGGUAAAGGGUGGCAACAAAUUGGGUUUUGGACUGCAGAGAAUGGUAUUUCCCGGCGACUAUAUCACGGGGAAGCAAUGCCACAUCAUUCAGGCUUAGCUUCUGACCUAAACCCCGUGAUUUGGCCGGGAAAAUCAACAGAGAUACCGAGAGGGUGGGAAGCUCCUGUAAAUGGGAAGAAGCUUCGAGUAGGAGUGCACGUAAGUGUAUACCCACAAUUUAUGACAAGUGGAAAGGAUCCAAUCACAGGGGCAACUAAAGCAAGUGGCCUUUCAAUUGAUGUAUUCGAAGAGGCAGUUAAAAGACUUCCCUAUGCACUACCCUAUGAAUAUGUAGCAUUUGGCACUACAAAUGACACAAGCAGUGGAGGUUAUGAUGAUUUUAUUUACCAAGUUUACCUUAAGGUAAUAACCGCAACAGGGCUUCAACUUCCGCAUUGAAUUUGCUAAAAGUACAUUUUAUAUGCAUGCCAUGAUGUAAGAGCUCACACAUAUAUUUACUACUUUUAGUUUAGUGCAACCAUGUAAAAGAAAUGGCACACAGCCCGCUCAAAUAAAUUGCGAUUGAGAGGAGAUGUUAAGCAGGGGCAUAUUUCUCUAUUAUAUAGUCUGUACAACAACCAUAUCAUGCUUAACUAUGGGUCAGGUGACUGUUUGGUACUCCCUCCGUAAAGAAAUAUAAGAGCGUUUAGAUCACUACUUUAGUGAUCCAAACGUUCUUAUAUUUCUUUACAGAGGGGAUACUAUGUUAUUGUAGCAAAAAUUGCAUUAACGUGUCAACUGUUGCUUGCAACUCAUUAGGUAUAGUACUAUAUCAGAGAAAUAUACACAUCAUCUUUACUCCCUCUGUAAACUAAUAUAAGAUCAUUUAGAUCACUAAAGUAGUGAUCCAAACGA